AUGGGUUUAGGUUCAAGCGUUAGGAAAGUAAGGAAAUUCGAUAAAAGUAGUCAAAUGCCGCCAAUAAUAUAUGGAAAACCUCCACCAGAACGAUCUUUAUCAAUAUCAUCAGCAAAACCACGCACUCCAUUAUUUACACGUGUUUCACCAAAACCACCUAAGCAACAAACAAUUACACAAGAUGAUAUAUUCGAAGUAGAAGACAACAUCGAAGAAUAUUCAACAAUAUGGGAUGAUGAUGCUAAGUUAACAUCAACAUUUCACCAAUCAUUAAAAUCCAAUGUAACUAAAAUUGAUUAUAAUCAAAAAGAAUCAUUCAAUACUAAAGGAAGUAAAAAAGCUUCUGCUACGUUUGGUUCAUCUCAUAUUGAAUCAACAGUAGAUACUCAAACACAUUCUUGUAUUAAUAUAUCUUCAUCUGAAAAAGUUGAUGAACUUAUGAUUACUUUAAAUCAAGUUCAUACACAAUUAGAUGAAAAAAUUAAAAUUCGAACAGAAAAAAUAUCAAAUGAAACUGAAUUGUUACUUUCACGUAUUCGUAAUGAAACUCAACAAGAACAACAACGUUUAUUAGGAUUUGCUAAACAACAAGAAAUGCAACAAGAUGAUAAUUAUCAAAAAUUACUACAAGAAUAUAUUACUAAACUAGAUGAAAUGAAAGCAAAAGAACUAACUACUUUACAAAAACGAUUACAAACAUGUCGAGAUCAAAUUAUAGAAAAAUCACAAUUCAAAUUAAUUAGAGUUAAUGAACAAGCUAAUAUUAUUAAAGCAAAAAUUGUCCAAGAAGAACAACAUUAUUCAGAAGAAAAAAUCGAUUCUAUUAUGUCUCAAAUAUAUAGAAUUUCUACUGAUGAAAAACUUCAACAUUUAGGUAGUGAAAUAGUAACAAAAACCAAUGUAACAACACAAGCUAAAUUUGGUACUAAAGCACCUGGUCAAGAAUGUACCCAUGAUUUCGAUCAAAACAAAUAA